AUGGCGCAACAAGAACGCGAUGACAAUGAGAAGGGCAUGCUGGGGAAGUUGAAGGACACGGUCAGGAAACAUUCGUUCGUCCAAGACCCCAACCACCCCUCUGGUCCGAUGCAAAGCGGGUACGAGACCCAUACAGCCAAGACGCCUGGUUCAAAGCAGAGCGGAUACGAGGGUCAUAGCGACAGGACGUCCCCGUUUGCAGCAAAGAGUGAGUUCACUAGCCAAGACCCCAAGUGGCUAGCUGAUGCUUCCAAGAGCGACUUGGAGCGCCAAGACGAAAAGUUGCGCGACAAAACGUCCGAGUACUACGACUCGGCGAAACAGAAGGCCACGAGUGCCCGCGACACGAUCAAGGACAAAGCAGCGGAUGCAGUAGACAAGAUCAAACAACAUGCCAGUGUGGCCAAUGAAAAGGGGCAAGAGGUUUACCAACGUCACGUGGGAUAG